AGCACACACACGCUGACGAGCAAGGAGGAGGAAGGCGUUAACUUUUACUCCCGUCCCGCGCGGCAAGAUGUUCCGUAACGCUGUGCGCAGGGCGGCGGCGCCGGUUGCUCUCCGGGCAGUCGCAACGCCGGCUAAGGCGGUGGUGGUACCCCGUGCAGCAUCAGCUUGCCGACCCGCCUUGGCAAGCCGGUCGCUGUCGGCCGUCACCACCACCUCCUCGGAGGUGGCCCCGGCGUCCUACAUCGGACGGGCGGGCGAAAUAGACGACCUCACGAACCAGGACGGUUACUUCGAGAAGGACAGGGUGGCCAAGGGUGACCCGGGCAAGCGAGAGUUCACGUACUUCAUGCUCGGUGCCUCCCGCUUCCUCUACGCGUCCUCGGCGCGGCUGAUCCUUCUCAAGUUCUUGGCAUCGUGGGAGCCGGCCGCUGACGUUAUGGCGCUCGCCACCGCCGAGUUCGAGCUUAAGGAUAUCGAAAUGGGGACAAGCGUUAUCUUCAAGUGGCGCGGAAAGCCCGUGUUCAUCAAGCGCAGGGAUGACGCGAUGAUCGAGAGGGAGGCGGGAGUGCUCAUGGAGGACCUCCGCGACCAGGAGACGGACGAGGAGCGCUGCCUCAAGCCCGAGUUCAUGAUCGUGAUCGGCAUCUGCACCCACCUUGGCUGCGUGCCCCUCCCCGACGCCGGGGACUACAACGGAUCUUUCUGCCCGUGCCACGGGUCGCACUAUGAAACAGCCGGGCGUAUUCCCAAGGGGCCCGCCCCCCUGAACCUCGAAAUCCCUCCUUACAAGUUCCUCACCAAGACCUCCAUCUUGGUGGGAUAAGCAACGAAAUCCUGGGUAAAUUUUGAUGAGUCAGUAGAGCGAGUUGGGGUAAAGUUUUGGCAACACACAUGAUUGUGCGUCAAGCACACCCCGCUAGUCUUGGGCGGCUGCUCCGGCGUGGCUUGAUUUCGGGACGAGCGAGGAAAGGGAAAGUAUCAGAAAGUUUUUUUUUGUCGUUGGUGCCGCGGUGGAUCAGUCGCGAAACGAACGACCUCGAAGAGGAGGGGGGCGAAAAUAUCAGCUGGAGUGGCGGCGGGAGAGGGAGAAACGCUGCGUAAGUGGGGGGGGGGGACUAUCUGACCCGCCUUUCUCGGUUGUCCCAUGGCCUCCUUUUCCCUCGGAAACCCAUCUGAGUUGUGGUGGGCUACAGCAGUGCUGUCGGUGAAGGCUUGGGAAGAGGAGGAAGGGGAUGUGUCCCCGGGAAGGGCUACGGUCGGUUCGAAAAACGCCGCUUGUAGCUAGUAUAACCCCAUGCGGGGAAGAGAGCAGCCGGAGUUGGAAAGGGGCAUUAGUCGGUGGAAGACCGACGGGGAACAAGUUUCUCAAUUCCAACCAAAGAUGGUCAGUACGAUCAUGCGCCGAGGAAUGGAACCACUGCUAUGGUUUUUGACGUUUUGUCCUCUUCGAUGUACGAACGUAUCGUCGUCGUGUGUGUUCAAUAAAGGUCUUUGACGUUCCGGACUCAAUUGUGGGUUGAACGUGCAGCACCGGUCCUGUGAUGCUCUGCAUGGAAGGCAUGACGUUUUACCGUGUGUCGCGUGGGUUGACUGCUGCCUGUUGAAGGCGAGGCCUUUGCCGGGAAUCCUUUUUUUUUUCCGUAUACGAGCGGCCUCCCGCAUUUCCGGAGAGGGUUUUCGUGCGUGUCUCGCUUCUCGAGAGCCGGCCUACGGGAGGAAGAGAGAGGCGUGAAUCCGAGACAUUCCCACACGUGC